UUUCCCCACACUGCAUCGCUCACUCAAUAACCAGUUUACACUGAAGAAAGAGCAAUGUCCAAGCUUACAGCUCUCUUUGCGUUAGCCCUUAUCCUCUGCUUCACUGUAUCCUCUGCCGCUCGUCCUGACCCUUCCCUGGUGAAGACCCAACAUGAAUCAAGCUUGGGAGCGGAGAAGGGUGUGGUUGAGGGUGACGCAGCAGGGUGUGAAGGAGCAGGGAAGGAAGAGUGCUUGGCCAGGAGGACGCCGGGGUUUCAUCUGGACUAUAUCUACAGCGUCAAAAAUUAA